UAUAUUUGAUCCCAAGUAUACAAAAACUUCAAAGCGAAAAAGAACGUAUUGACAUUUGACAUAUUUUUGGAUUUCCCAGGUUUCUUCGAGGACAAUCCUUGGCAACCUUAACGCGUUGCGAACUCACCGACCCAAACUAUGUCAACUCAAUAUAGAGGGGCAUCUAGGAAAGAUAAACCCAGAGGACGCCAUCAUGGGUUAACUCAGCAGAAAAGGCAAGAGAUCAAGGAAGCAUUUGAGUUAUUUGACACUGAUGGCUCAGGCACUAUUGAUGCCAAGGAGUUGAAUGUUGCCAUGAGGGCUCUUGGUUUUGAAAUGACAGAAGAGCAAAUCAAUCAAAUGAUUGCAGAUGUUGACAAGGAUGGCAGUGGAGCAAUUGAUUUUGAUGAAUUUGUGCACAUGAUGACAGCCAAAAUUGGAGAAAGGGACACUAAGGAGGAGCUCAUGAAAGCAUUCCACAUUAUUGACCAAGAUAACAAUGGGAAGAUAUCUGUCUCAGACAUUAAGCGCAUAGUAAAGGAGCUGGAUGAGAACUUCACUGAUGAUGAUAUAAAAGAGAUGAUUGAGGCAGCUGACCGUGAUCAGGAUGGAGAAGUUAAUGUUGAGGAGUUUAUGCGGAUUAUGAGGAGAACUACAUAUGGGUUCUAGAACUCAAGAAUAUUAUUGGGAGAUUGUGUUGAGAGUUUGAUCCUUCGCAGAAGGGUUGUUUCUGGACAAGCUGUCGCUGUUUAUGUUAUCCCCCCCCCCCCCCCCC